AUGGCCAUGACUGAGAUAAGCAGUGCACUGUGCUUGACCAAGAUCACACACACAGGUCCUUCUGUUUGGGAGACCAAGAAGAUCCUGGCUGUGUCCUUCACCCCACUGAUCCAUCCCUGCCCCUCAUAGUUAGGGAAGUCAAGACUCUUCCAGCUUCCUCCACUGGCCGUUCGCAGCAUCCAGGACUUGGCAUGUGUUGCCAUCCGGAGUGCCAUCAAGAAGGUCGUUCACCAAGAGGCAGUGAGCAGAAGUGGCCACAGACUCAAGAGCAUGUCCAAAUUUAAAUGGAGGAGAGUAUGCCGGCAUAUGGAGAUGAUUACCUUUUUUGACAAAGAGGUCUUUGCUAGUCAGAUUUGUAGCUCCUCUGAUGACAACAGCUGCAAUGACUUGGAAGAGGAAAGACAGAAGGAAGAGGAGGUGCUGCCAGACUCUCCUGUGAACUUCCUGUGCCAGAAAGUCCUGUGCCUCCCCCUGCCAGAUUCCCUGAAGUUCUACCUGCUGUAUUACAGGGAAAAGUGA